CUGUCAAAUGGUGCAGUUGGAGUCUUGUUCUCAGACUGGACUCAGAUCAGUAGUGGACUCGAGACUGGACUCAGACUCAAGGUUUAGUGACUUGACUACAACACUGCUGUGAAACUGUGCCCAAAUUUAACUGUUAUCCAUGUUUCCAAGGAGGAGAUAGAAGCUGAAAAAGCUAAGCUGAAUGAGUUGUACCAGGGAAUUACUGCUGUGUCGAGAACCCUUGAGGUGUAUGUGCAUGUCCUGGGCAAAUACAAGAUGGAUGUGAAGGAUCUUGCGAAGGCAGCUUUGAUGAGAAAUCAUACAUUCAAAGACAUGCAGAUUACCAGUGACAACGAAACUGAGGUGGAUGAAGAUGGCCAACUGAUGGAUGAUAAAUGAUCAGGCGAACAGGAGAAUGGUGGUUCCGGACAGUGGAAGUGGGGCUCAGCAGGCGAACGGAAGCACCGUGCCGGGGUUUGAAGAGGAACAGGAUGGAAUGGAGCUGGAGGAGGUCCGCAAAUUGCGUGAACUUGUGCGGCGCCUUGAAGUACAGAAUGAAAGCCUGCGAAACCGGGGCACCACACAUCAUCUCAGCACAAAUGCUAAUGAGAGAACAGUCUGUGAGGACACUGGCACCAGCUCAAGCAGAGAUUUUCAGAUAUUGUCUCCUCUGCAGGGCAUUGUUAGUGAGGACAUGUCUCCUCUUCCUGAGGUAACAAGGCUAGAGGAUGAAGAAGAGAUGGAACAACACAGCUCAGUUUUUAAUCCUCCUUGUGCUGCUGCACCAGGGCACAUUGAACAACACACACACACUAGUUCUUCUCCUGAUGGCUAUGAUUCAGAGACAGUUGGUGGGAGUGAUGGAGGUGUGGACCAGUCCGCUCUGGAUGAAGUGGAUGUGCUCGAUUUGGGGGACUGUGCUGAUAUUGACGACGAAGACUGCUGGUUAUACGUCUCCCCAAAGAAGCAGGUACAGACGGCACAGGGCCCAGAGUCUCCUCUGAAAUGGUGCCGGAAGGUGCUUGAUCACCCCAGUCCUGAGACCGAGGUGGCUUGUAGGACGCUUCUGAGCCGUCUGGAUCAAAGCUCGAGAUGGAGGAACAUGUACAGCAGCCCAUCGCAAACCUCCACAGGCUCAUCAGCUGAGGCUGGCUCCUCUCAUUCUUCUGGGUACCACAAAUCAACUAACAAAACCCUACUAACCUGUGGCAACUCAGGUUACAUGAGCAUGCACUCAGCACUGAGCUCCCAGUCCUCUAUUGACAGUGAGCUGAGCACAUCAGACGAUUCCAUCUCAAUGGGCUACAAGUUGCAGGACCUGACAGAUGUGCAGAUCAUGGCUCGGCUACAAGAGGAGAGUCUGAGGCAAGACUAUGCUUCGAGCUCAGCCUCAGCAUCACGGCGGAGCUCUGCGGCUUCACUGCACUCAUUGAGGCGAGGCACGUACAGUGAUCAGGAGUUGGACUCUUACAGUUUGGAGGAUGAAGAGGCAGACAGCAUGCCUUUCACACACCUCCACCGCCGUCACUCGCCUUCUCCUGGUACCUCACCUCGCUGUCCAUCGCCUGCAGGUGGAACACAUUUGCCCAGGCGCUCCCUUCAGGGCACAGCACCAGAACUCCUCAAAUUUACUCGGAGUGAGGAGGAGUUAAGACACAGCAUGCCUAACUUGGCCCCACGCACCAGCCUGCGCUCAUUGGAAGCAGUAAGAAACAGCCGCAGCAUGGAGGCUAACCUGCACAGUUCAGGCAGCCGCAUGUCCCACCUGCCCCAGUCCCCCACAGGUGUGUCCACCCGAUUAAGAGGCAGUGGCCAGUCACCACUCUUGUUACGGGCUCCUGUAAAAGCUCUCAGCCCUGUGGGCAGUAUGGCUGCAGUGCGACAGUCUGCAAGAGCGACUGCCGGAGCUCAGGGACACACUCCAGGAGCACGAAGAGUGCAGUCACCAGGGCGUGCCAGUGGAGCAGUGUGCUCUGCAGGCGGAACUGCUACCACAGGGCCAAAACAAGCAGUGGGCAGAAGCAUGACACCUACUGCUCCAGCUUCCUCAAAAAGCAGGCUUGUCCAGACCCCAAGAAGCAGGUCUCUGGGAAUGACAAAAACCUGUCGUCCGAUAACAGAUGAUUCGUGGAAGGAUGGCUGUUACUAAAGCUUUUGUCAUUCUUCCUUACACACUCCUAGAAAACAUCCAUAAAACACUGCUGCCUUUCAAAAACCUCACUGGAAUGCUGGACACACCAAGGCCAGAAGCAGAAAGGCAUUUAAAAAAAAAAAAAAAAACCUGGAAAGUUUGACUCCAGCAUGAAUCCUCUUAUCCCCACUGCCACAAUAGCCAGAGAAAUGCUAAUGGGAACCAUUGAGACUACAUGAUUUGUUUCAUCAGACUUCAAAAUAGGCUGUUUUUUGUUUUUAAAAUGCCAAGCUGCUUUAUUUUUAUGAUAACUGGAUAAGUUGUUGGGGGGGGGAAUGUGUUGUAGUGUAUAAAAUACUUAGAACAUAUGUAUAUGUUGUUUUAACAGUUAAAAUUUUGGAAGUUCUCAGAUCCUUAUUCAGAACAGUUUGAUGUUCUUUUUGUUCUUCCAGAAAUUAAGGAAAAUAUGUAUGAGUUGUUUCUGUGGAAUUUUAUCUGAUAUUAAUUUUCAAGACACAAACAUAUGAACUUGAUGCAGUCUUCCAUCUUCUCAAAAAGUAAAAAAGGUAUAAUAAAAUUGUCACUGGGUUCUCGUUCAA